UUCCUGUUGUCCUUUGGGCAAUUUUGACUUUGCUGCAAGGCAAACUUGCCUUCCAUUCACGUGGAAGCAGCAAGCACAGCCAGUAAGCACAACAGCAGCAGCAGCCUCACCCGAGCACCAGCACCAGCAGCACAUCAUCACAGCAAGAGGAGCAUCAGACAAGCACAGCCACCGCAAACAGCCCCAACAUCACCAGUGACGAUAACGACUACAACACAGCAUACGUGUGUGAUCCACAGCGAUGCAGAGGAUAGGGUCAUUUGUGAGCCGGCGCAUGUGGCAGCCGCUGCGACGGGAGGUGACGGCGAUUGCACGCGAUUACAAGGACGUGCUGGUGGACAUGUGGAAGGAUGUUGGUGAGCGGCCCAUGUCGGCGGCAAUCAAGGCAUAUGCGGCAGGGGCAGUCGUCUGGGCCAGCAACGUUGCGCCAGAUAUGCUCGAGUACAGGCAACAACUGGCAGAGGCAAGCAAUGACCUCGGGGAAGUGUCCGACUUCAUCAGAAGAAAGGCCUCCUUCGAGCAUGUUGCCAAGCGCAUGGAUCUGAUCGCAACCGAGCGCCUCGACUACGUCUGGGCCGGCCCAGUCUCCCUGAUCCUUGAGCGCGACCACGAGAAACACCUGAAACUCUUCAAAGCGACCAGCACACCCUGGGUGCAGUUCAUUGCCUCCUUGCCCAGCAGAGUACUCGAUGUUGGUUUCAACCACAGAUGGCUCUGGCUCGAAACCGCCAUGAUCGACUACGACAUCCCCGAGGACAUGGACGACAAGUAAGCUGGCCCUCAAAAACACACAGCGCUUCUAUCAGGAUCCUGUAGCCAUGGCUUUGUUGCGUGUGGACACACCAUCCUUUGUACAUAUGAUGGUGUGCCCGCACUUGCGUGUUUAGACAGCAGCUCCUUCACAGAAUGCAUUCUGUGGUGUUUGUGUGCAUGUGUCUGCGUCUCCCUGUGUGUGUGUGUGUGUGUGUGU